AUGCCCGCAAUAAUUCAACGCAUGCGGCACGGCAGGCUAGACUGCAGGACUCAAGGGCAAGGCCGCUGUCGCCCCCCCACUUUCUUGCCUCUCUCCCUCCCAUUGUCUCCCCUGCAUGGUCACAUUGAUGCGUCGCAUGCGGCACGGCAGGCCAAACUGCAAAAACCCAAGGGCAAGGGCGCUUUCGCUCCCCCACCUUUCCCCUCACCCUUGCUCAUCCUGCCUCUCUCCCUCCGUUGCCAAAAUGCAGGACCCAAGGGCAAGGGUGCUCCAGGUGCGCCAAUACCCCUCUUUUACCUCUCCCCCUCCUUCUGCCUCUCCCUCUCCUUCUCCCUCUCCCCGUCCGUCUCCCUCUCGCUCUCCCUCUCCCUCUCCCUCUCCUCUCUCUCCAACCUUUCUCCCCCUCCCACUCCCUCUCCUCUCCCUCUCCCCCCCUUUCUCCCCCUCCCACUCCCUCCCUCUCCCACUCUCUCAUGCCCCUCUGGGUUCCCUAUCUCUCGCCUAGUCAUUUCCCUUCCCGUUCCGCGCACCUGCGUCCUGCAAGGCGAGUCUAGACGUGACGGUGCAGAUGAGUCAGAAGAACCUGCCAGCGAACGCCAUGCGCAAAUAACCUCUCCACCGUGCACGUGCCCGACCCCCAAGGCGACCUCUCCUCCUUCCACUGGUCGCCCUUCCCCACCGAGCUCACCGGUGUCACCCUCAUUGCCCCCUCCCCCUCGGGGGGGAAGGCUGCUGGUGGUGCGCAAUGGGGAGCCGGGCGUGGGGGGGAAGGAGGCCGGAGCGGUGAAGCUCGAGGUGUGGGGCGCGGGGCGGCUUCUGAGGGAGGUGCAUGUGCCGGCUACUGUUCAUGGGGGGGUGUACGCCGAUGGAUGGUUUGAGGGUGUGUCAUGGAAUGAGGACGAAACCUGUGUUGCCUACGUGGCAGAAGAGCCUGCCCCACCCAAGCCUGUCUUCGGCCAGCCUCGGCAGCCUGCUGCCACGUCAGCCGCCCAGCACCCCCCUGCCGCACCUGCCGGCCCGGCUCGGGGCAGGUUCGGAGCUGCAGCUGCAGCGGCGCCAGCUCCGGUGGGAGGUGCGGGGAAGGGGAAGAACGGGGCAGCGGAGGCAGGGACGUGGAAGGGCAAGGGGGAGUGGAUGGAGGACUGGGGUGAGAGAUACGCGGGGGAAGCCUCGGCCUCUGCUGUUUGUUCUCAACACUGUCAGGCGUUUCAAGAAGAGGAAGGGGGAGAGGAUGAAGGAGUGGGGAGAGAGACACGUGGGGAAGCGGUGGCCUCUGGUGUUAUUUCUCAACACUGUCACGUGCGUAAAGGGGGUGUCGUGGUAAACGCGAGCGGUUGGAUCUCGAAGCUGCUCUUCGUGGGCUGGUCCGCCUUCCCUCUCACCGUCUCUCACCGUCUCUCACCAUCUGUCACCACGCUGUACCACUCUGUACCGCUUUGCACCGCUCUGUAUCCCUCUCUCUGUCUCUCCCAGUGGCACACUGCAGGCGGUAGAGGGCAUUCCGGGGGACAUCAGUGCGGGGCAGGUGGUGUGGGCGCCGACAGUGGAGGGGCAGCAGCACACGCUGUUCUUCGUCGGCUGGUCCUGCUUCUCCUCUCACUGUCUCUCACCUUUUCUUACUGCUCUGUACCGCUCUGUGCCGCUCUCUCCCCCUGCAGUGGUACAGUGCAGGCAGUGGAGGGCAUCCCAGGGGACAUCAGUGCGGGGCAGGUGGUGUGGGCGCCAGCAGUGGAGGGGCAGCAGCACACGCUGCUCUUUGUUGGCUGGUCCGCCUUCCCUUCCAACUUCAACACGGCCCGCCGCCUUGGCAUUGUCUAUUGCGCCAACCGCCCCUGCCACCUGUUUGCUGCUCAAGCGCCCUCCCAAGACCCUGCUGGGAAGAAGCCAGGCAGUGGCAGCAGCAUUGUGAAGCUCACUGCCGGAAUCAGCAGCGCCUUCUCACCCCGCUUCAGCCCUGACGGCUCUCUGCUGGUCUUCCUCUCCUCGCACGCAGCAGUGGACAGCGGCACUCACGGCGCCACCAACUCGCUGCACUCGCUGCUCUGGCCCAAGGAGGGCAUCUCCUUCCCCCACGCCCCUCCUGCCGACCCUGAAGAAGACACCCGAUCUGGGCCGUCUGACGUCCCCGCUAUAGACAUCCCCAUCAACAGCAUAAUCAGUGUGGUGGCGAGGGCGGAGGAGCAGGGGGGCUUCCCAGGGCUGUACGCUGCUGGAGCGAUAGCCAACCCGUGGCUGGCGGAUGGGCGCACGCUGCUGCUCACCACGGCUUGGAGGAGCACACAAGCGAUCAUCUCCGUGCAUGUGGAGAGUGGCCGAGUGUCCCGGCUGACCCCUGAGGGCCCCAUCUCGUGGGUGCUGCUGGAUGUGCGGAACAAUGUGGUGGUGGCGGGCGCCAGCACCCCAGCGUGCCCCACAAAGCUCAUGCUGGGGCGGGUGAAUGCAGGGUGGCUCAAGCAGGAGGGGUGGUUGUGGUCCGAGAUCUCCCCUCCGCAUGUCGAGUAUGCCGAUGCGGUGGAGAAUGCACUCAAGUCAACAGAGUUUGAGGUCAUCCCCAUUGUACCGUCUGUCUCCAAGACUCAGGGUCUCACUGAAGGCGCCAAGCAGCCGUUUGAAGCCAUUUUCGUGAGAAGACAGCCCGAAGCCGCUGCUGCUCCCCCACCGGCUGGGAGCAAAGUAGCACCUGCCCCAGCUGCUCCUGCUGCGCUGCCCCCGCUGCUGGUGGUGCCGCAUGGGGGCCCCCACGGCGUCAGCACGACCAACUUCGUGAUGCCCUAUGCGUACCUGUGCGCCCUGGGCUACGCUGUUCUUCAUGUUAACUACAGGGGCUCGCUUGGGUUUGGAGAGGAGGCGCUGCAGUCCCUUCCGAAACACAUUGGGCGGCAGGACGUGGCUGACGUGUUGGAGGCAAUCGAUCGGGUGGUGGAGCUGGGAUACGUGGACGCUUCCCGCAUGGCUGUGAUUGGUGGAUCGCACGGUGGCUUCCUUGCCGGGCACCUUAUCGGGCAGGAGCCCGAUCGUUUCCGCACGGCCGUGCUCCGUAACCCGGUUACCAACCUCGCCAGCAUGGUCGGCACCACCGACAUCCCUGAUUGGUGCUUCGUGGAGGCCUUCGGCCAGCCUGGCAUGGCCGCCUUCUCUGAUUCGCCCACUGCCGCUGAGCUCCAGACCUUCCUGAAAGCCUCUCCCAUCACCUAUGCAUCGAAGGUGAAGGUGCCGACUCUGUUCGUCCUAGGAGGGAAGGAUCUGCGCGUGCCCUCUUCAAACGGGCUGCAGCUGGUGCAUGCGCUGCGGGCGCAAGGGCUGGAAGCUAGAGUGCUCAUGAUGCCCGAAGAUGUUCACGCCAUUGAUAAGCCCCAGAGUGAGUUUGAGCAAUGGAUCACCGUGGCUUCCUGGCUCAAGCAGCACCUCUGA